AAAAAGGCAGAUCUUGACAUCGCCGCUCGAAGCAAAAUCAUCCAAUACGAGCCUCCGGAGUAUGACUGGGACAAUCUUUUCGCAUACAAGAUUUCCGUUGAGCCUGCGUCAGGAUCAGCGCCCGACUUCACUCCUGAGCCAGUCCCUCACCCAAGGCCAACCGCGAUCGCGGGCCAGAACACGAGACGUACCAGCGACGUGACAGGUGCCCGAUCUGCAGAGGCACACGACUUCGAAAUUGAUGUCGCCAGUCCCACCGGGAGCUCGAAAUACUCCCCAGGCAACGUCUCCGUAUCGAGUCUCACCUAUCGUCUAUCCAAACGUCCACCUGAUGAGGCACUGGUGAACAAGUCGGUGAUUGAUCUUUUGCAGGGGAUCAGCAUGUAUCACCCGGCCAUUAAGAACAAAUACAACUGGACCAUCAUUCACCAGACGUUUCAUGUGCUCCAGCAGCGGGAGAGGAAGGAACAAAUCAUGACCAGCCAAACCGACGGCUGUCUCCAGGUUGAGAGAAAUGACGAACUUCUAGAGAAUUGCCCCACCCUUGCCAUCGUCGAAGCAAAGCCCGUACGCCGGAAGAUGAAGGCAAUUCCCAUUGCGAGGCAAGAGGGUGCCGAGAUGGCUGCCUGGAUUUCGACGGAGUCCCUUCGUGGACUACUGCCAGGGUCCAAACCAAACGGAAUCAUGAGAAGAGUUCUCAUUGCGCAGGACCUCGACGAAAUUUGCAUCACAGUUGCCGAGUACGACCAAAAAUACGUCGAUUACAUCACCAACGGGUUUAAGAGCGCAGAAAUGAACUCUACACAAGGCUCGCCUACAACUGACGUACAGUCGCGGCAGAAGAGGCCGCAGCAACAGGCUCAGCAACAGGCGCAACAGGGGAGGGAGAAGAAGCAUAAGGGUGACGAAGGUGACGGUGACAAACGUGACGAUGACGAAAGCGACGAUGACGAAAGCGACGACGACGACCACUAG